GUGUGUGUGUGUGUGUGAUUGGUCGUGCGUGCGUGCGCGUGUGUGUUCCCUGGGUUACUCAUCCCUCUCUCCCUGAGGAGAAUGGCCCUUCCUUUUCUCUAAUUCUACAAACUCUUCAUCAAAAAAACUCCAUCUAGAAGCUAAAUCUAGACUCUAAUACCUGUAUAUCUAGAUUCUAGGCUGUCUAUAUCUAGACUGUCUACCCUAUUUGUAAAUGGACACCCUGGUCCAUCUCCAGAACAGCCCGUUCCUCAUUGGUCUGUGUCGAAACGGAGCCCCAGCUGACCUGCAGUAUGACAACUCCUCAGAACUGUUCCGUAUCUCGACCUUUGCCCUCUUCCCGGCUGCAGCGGUAACAGAGCGCACCCUGGCCAGGGCAGGAUGGGUCUAUACUGGUGUUGGAGACAGGGUGCAGUGUUUCAGGUGUAAGGUGACGGCAGAGGGCUGGCAGACAGGUGACUGUCCUACUGAGAGACACAGACAGCUGUCCCCUUCUUGCGCCUUCAUCCAGAGUCUACCCUCUACUGCCAACCUCCUCUCGUCUUCUCACAGCGCCUUCUCUCCGCUAUGCAGCGCACACGUCAUACCGGUGAGAUGGUGUCAGGACCUGGCCAGCCCCCCUCCCCGUCUCUGCCCUAACCCGGGUCCGGUGAAGAGCCGGUGGUCACGCCAUAGUCGGUACGGCCCCUUUAACUAUCUGACUAAUGUGUCUGUAGGUCCCACCAAGACCCCUUCCUGUCACAACCCCAGUAUGAGGAGAGAGCAGGACCGCCUGGACUCCUUCCAGUCCUGGAUCUCUGUCCAUCAUCACCCCUCUGAGCUGGCUAAGGCUGGCUUCUAUUACCUGGGGCAGGGAGACCGCGUGGCCUGCUUCACCUGUGGAGGACAGCUCAGUAACUGGGAACCAGGGGACCGGGCCGUGUCGGAGCACCAGAGACAUUACCCUAACUGUCGCUUCGUCAGAGGAGACCGGGCCGACAACGUGUCCAUGGCGGGCGGGCCGGGAGGUUUAGGAGUGCCCCCCAGGGCGGUAGCCCUGUCUCUACCCCCAGGCCUCAGUAACGUGUCUAACCCAGCCAUGCAGCAGCGUGAGGAGAGGUUGUUGACCUUUGUCCACUGGCCCUUACGUAUCCCUGUUCGCCCCGACCAGCUGGCCAAGGCAGGGUUCUACUACGUCGGUGAGACAAAUAUUCAAUAUCUACAUUCCAAUAUAACAUGUAUUUUAUACUUGUUUUGUUUAACAGGUCCUUGGCAACAAAUGUCCUUAUAUUUUAAUGUAACUAUGGUAACCUCCAGGUGUGUGUACCUGCUCCAGGAGAAAGGUCAGGAGUUUGUCCAUCAGAUCCAGGCUCGUUUCCCUCGGCUCUUUGAACAGCUCCUGACCAAUGGGGACAGCAUCUCCAGGGAGUUUGUGGACCCACCAAUGGUCAACCUGGGUCCAGGUGAGGAGCGGUCGGAAGAUGCAGUGAUGAUGAACACUCCGGUGGUUGUGUCGGCUGUAGAGAUGGGAUUUGAGCGUGGCCUGGUCAAGCAGACGGUCCAGAGUAAGAUCCUGACCAGCGGAGAGAACUACAAGACGGUCCAGGAACUGGUCUCAGACCUGCUGUCUGCCGAGGACCAAAAGAGAGAGGAGGAGAAAGAGAUGCUGGCCGAGGAGAUGGCUUCUGCCCAGGCAAAUGAAGCCUCAUCACCAAGUCAAGAUCUCUCAGACCUGCCGAUGGAGGAGCAGCUACGGCGGCUGCAGGAGGAGCGGACCUGUAAGGUGUGUAUGGACAAGGAGGUGAACAUGGUGUUCAUCCCGUGUGGUCACCUGGUGGUCUGUAAGGAGUGCGCUCCCUCCCUGAGGAAAUGUCCCAUCUGCAGAGGACUGGUCAAGGGCACCGUCCGAACCUUCCUCUCCUAGAAGACCGAAGAGGAACCAGGGUUGAUGUUAGGAAGUGGUAGACCUGUACCAUGUGUGAAAUAAAAUAAAUAUCUGAAAUAAAGUA